UUUCCCCCACUAAAUUUCUCUACUUAAAGAAGAUGGCAACGCAUUGUUUGUUCAGUACGACAUGUACGUACGACGUUCUCUGAGUCAUCCACGUCUAUAACUCGCUCAACCGGUUUCAAAACCAUUGCAGUUUUUCUUUUGGCGAAAGAAGUAGAAAUGGAAGGGAAAACAAUGAAGGCUUUUGUGGUGGUAGCAAUAUCAAUAUUGGUGAUACUUGAGCCUAGUUUCGCAGCAUCAGAUCUAAGUUUGGACGUAGAAAGUGCAACGAAGACUACCUACUCAAAUCUGAUAAACGAAAUUCGUGAAAAAGUCAAGGAUCCGAAACUGAAGUAUGGUGGUACCAACAUACCAGUAAUGGCAGCAGAAGCUCCAAAAAAGCCCAAGUUUCUUUUCAUUGAUCUCAAGGCAUCAGGUGGAGGGACAAUCACAAUCGCUAUCAGUAAAGAAGAUAAGUUCAAUUUAUAUGUGCUUGGAUAUCUUGACAAAAUUAAAGUUAAUAAUAAAGAGGUUUUAAGAGCACAUAUAUUUCGUGAACCUGACGUUUCUCCAUAUGCGACCAAGUAUCUGUUCCCAGAGGUGCCUGUAGGUGAUAAUCGUCGGGAAAUUUACUAUGGAAGUAACUAUUAUGGAUUGGAAAGCAAGGGCGGCGAUAGAAAGAAACUGGGUUUGGGAGUUAAACAACUUGACAUGUUUAUCAACAAUGUUUACGGCAAGCCGGUUAAUGACAAGAUCGAAGCUAAGUUUAUGCUUAUUGUCGUCCAAAUGAUAGCAGAGGCAACACGAUUUGAGUAUAUCGAGAAAUUUAUUCUGGAAAAUUUCGAUGAGUUUGAGAUUAUGCCUGACCUUAAAAUGAUUAAAUUGGAAACAAAUUGGCAGGCAACUACACUAGGGAUUAAGACCUCUAAUAAGAAAGGGGAGAUCAAGCCAGUGAUAGAUUUAACGUAUGAUAAUGAUAAGCCUUGGAUUGUGUCCAAAGUUAGUCAAAUUGCUCCAGAUAUGGGCCUUUUUAAAUACGAAGGCGGCAGCAGCAGCAACCUAGCAUCUCGGUUUUACAAGGUGUUGAUGAAUGUUUUUAGAGUCAAUAAUAAUAUUGGUGAUGAUGAAGCUGCAGAAUUGUGAAGUAAACGAAGGCUGUAGUAUGUGAUGUAUGAUUACUUACUUAUUUCUGCUAGUAAGGUAUUAAGGUGUAAUCGCAUCUAUUACUAUAUACUAAAAGAGACACCAGGAAUGACACGUGUCAUGUCCUGGUGUGAUUUUUUCCCGCCAAAAUAUUUUUUUUUAUUUUUUUACUUUAAAAUAAAUAAAUUACAUUACGCUUUUUUAAGAAACUAAGAUAAAAAUAUAUUUUAAAUACCAUAGAUAUGCACUGCAUAAUAUAUUAUUGGAGGAAAGCUAAAUCAAUAUUCUUUUUUCCUUUAUGAUAUAAUUUUAUUUAUGUAUAUAACUUUUUAAUCUGAUAAGAAAUAUAAAAAUAUUGAUAAAUGAACUUCUAAUGUUAGUCUACUAUUAAUAAUAUAAUACAUGGUAACUGGUAAGUAAGAAUGUUAAUUAAAAUAUUUAUACAUGGUAAGUGGACUUCC